GAAAAAAGAUGGCGUCCUGUGUCAUACGGCGGGGGCUAUUAUCAACACUUAAUAAAUAUAGUAAAACACACACGUUAAGCGUAACGUUAUUUACCGCGGACCCCAAUAGUAGACACGAAGUAAACAGAUGCCGUUUGCAAUGUCCCACGCGUGGGGUUUUUAAUGUACUGCAGCAACGGUUUAUGUCUUCACGUAACAGGCCGGAGGGUAAGGUGCUAGAGACAGUGGGAGUCUUUGAAGCCCCAAAGCAACAUGGCAAAUAUGAGACGGGACAGCUGUUCCUGCACAGUGUGUUUGGUUACCGAGGCAUUGUACUGUUCCCCUGGCAUGCUCGGCUCUAUGACCGUGACAUCACUCCUCAGGCAUCCCACAGUAAGCCAGAGCCCCCAGGUGCACAUGGAUCAAAGGAAGUCAAGGGCAAAACGCACACAUACUACCAAGUGCUCAUCGACACCAGAGACUGCCCACACAUAUCACAGAGAUCACAGACAGAGGCUGUCACAUUCCUGGCCAAUCACGAUGACAGCAGGGCCCUGUACGCCAUUCCAGGUCUGGAUUACGUGAGUCACGAGGACAUUCUGCCAUAUAACUCUACAGAUCAGGUCCCUAUUCAACAUGAGCUUUUUGAGAGGUUCCUCAUGUUCGACCCAUCCAAAGUGCCCCCGUUCGUACCGAGAGACACAUUGCGCGCAUGGCAAGAGAAAAACCAUCCGUGGCUCGAGCUGUCCGACGUCCACCGCGAAACGACAGAGAACAUCCGAGUGACUGUCAUCCCGUUCUACAUGGGCAUGAGAGAAGCACAGAAUUCUCAUGUUUACUGGUGGCGUUACUGCAUCCGCCUGGAGAACUUGGGGAACGAGGUGGUGCAGUUGAGGGAGAGACACUGGCGGAUCUUCAGUCUUUCGGGAACCCUGGAGACGGUCCGAGGCCGUGGGGUCGUGGGCAGGACAGGAGCCAGUGUUGUCCAAAGAACAGCCAGCUUUCCAGUACAGCAGUCACGUCUCCCUACAAGCCCCCAGUGGUCACAUGUGGGGCUCCUACAGGCUCGAGAGGCCCAACGGCACAUUCUUCGACGUGCGCAUCCCUCCCUUCUCUCUCGAGAGCAAGAAGGACGAUACUCCCAGUGGCUUCCUGCCUGGGCCCUUCACCUCGCUGGCCUAAGAGCCCAGAGCCCUGGCCCAGCCCCUUCCUGGUCUAACCCCUGUCCUCCGUGUUCCAGCCCUUCUGAAUCAGGAGCACGCUCAUUCUCCAAACAUGCUCUCUCACCUCUACUUUGUUCUUUAAGUGUCCCCCCACAGAAUCAUUUGUUCACCUUUUGCCCUUGUAUGUCUCCAUGACCCCUACAACAAAUUCUCACAGUACUUUGCUGCUUCCAUCUUGCUACCAUAAUGUUAUCUUGUUUAGUACUUAUCUUUUGUAUAUCUUUCACUUUUUACCCUAAGCUUAAUUUCUUUGAGCUCUGUAAUUUAACCCACACAUCCCAAAGCUACUUCAUGACACCAGUCAGACUAGCAUUGUUUGUUUCUUGCCUUAAACUCCAGCCUGCUAACCCUCUCUUUGGUGCCCCUUUCCUAACCCUCAUUUCAGCUUGCCCAAUCACUUCUCUGUCCCAUCACCUCUCUGUUCUCUCUGGAUUAGUUUCCUAACAUUCUGACUUUAAAUGAUGCUAUCGGUAUUUAACCUCAACUCUACCUCACUAAUAAAUCCCUUGUCCAGCUCACUCUGUCACUCUCCUCCACUGAAAGGGUACAAUUCAGAAACCUAAAUUAAGUUUCAAUCUAAACAGUCAUGGCCAGAUUCCCUAGACAUAGGUGAAUCUUAAGCCUAGACUACAAAACUCUCUCCUGUUGACUUGCCACCGGCAUUCCAGUUUAGUCCAUAACUAAGCUUAUAUCAGAUCCAGGAAACUCGAGUCACAGUGGAGAAUCUAAAUGAACAAAUUUCCAUGGGUCCGUAGGUUUUGCAUAUACAAACUUUCAAAACAAAAAAAUGCUGGUGCAUGCUCAGUUGUUUUCAGUCCGAUUUAUGUAAUCGGUUAUAAAUAUAUAGUGCUGACCGUAGAGCUGCACUCUUGAGUCUCCACUGUGCUUGAGACAUACAGGCUUCAGAUUACCUUCAGCUUCACCCAAAGCUCCCGUGCAAAUGAGGUCAUGCUGACUGACCCCCAGUAACCUUUCACUCUUAAUAUGCUGCAUUUGCGUUUUUUUGGGUGGUGUUCCUUUAACGUGGGUUUGGAGAAACUAAAUACGAGUGUGCUGUCUAAUCCCUCUACAUGUGGACCUGCUCUCCUUGUCUCUUCCCUGCACUGUCCUGAACAGAGGGGGAUGUAUGCAAUCUUUUUAACAGAUGCUGUGCAUUCAACGAGCAAGGGGGGAAAAGAAGGCUCGUACAUUUUUAUUAUUCCUUAGUGUAAAACCAGGUCCAGGAUUCAUUCAGUAAAUGUGUGUGAUGUACCCAAACUGGACAGCUAAAAGCACAAUUCUAGAGGUUUGUUUUAUAAGGCUUCUCUGAGGAAGAGAGAGUGAGUAUCUAAUUGAAAAGUAUCUAAUUGAAAUCUGAAGCACCUUGAACAUAGGUAGGUUCCGUGGUAGGUUGUUCUGCUAGCUGGUAUUGGCUGGAUCAUCUAUUCUCUAAUUUGCUCCAUUUAUAAGCACUUGGAAUAAGAAAUAACAGACAAUCUAAAGUAUUAAAUCAGCAUUUCCCAAUGUCCUAACUGUUGCACUGCCUCUAGGUUGACAGCACUUAUCAUUUCUUGUUGUAUAUUAGAAUUUCAUUAUGUCAACCUCAAGAAAAUAUCACGCUGUAUUACCUGUACCCUAAACGCAUGCCAUGUUUGAAUGUAGAAAUCCAUUUUAAAUCCUGUUUCUGAAGGACUGUGAAAGUGGGAAGAAUCAAGCACUAGUUAUGGAUAGUUGGGAAAAGUAUAUCAUCAUAGCGAAAGUAUUUAUAUUGUAAUAUUUUAUUGAACUAAUUUGCAUGAAUGAAAACAUGACCAUAUGUCAGUGUGUUGAGUACCCUGACUUUAGUGAGCAAAAGACCGUUUGUUUUGCUCAUGUGUUAAUGGACAACUAGGCUAAGAGCUGACUAAUAGUCCUGAACGAAACAAGCAUUCUCCCGAGUAUUAAUGGUUCAUGCGUUUUCGGCUGUGUAACAAUCUUCAAAGUGCCAGAUGAUGAGAAUAAUUUAUUGCAAUAGCAAUAUGAAACCAUGCAGCCUUAUUAUCAUUACAAAUAUAGAUGACAGGCAACACAACAAAUAUAGAUAUGAAGAAUACAUAUCCGAGGUUUGUUUUUUGUUUGGCUUUAAUGUAUAUAGGCAUGAUAAUGUUGGAUCUUAAUUGUACGUUUUGUCAGAAUGCUGGUUGCCUGUCAGUGAUGUGUAACACAAAUGGUUAAGUGUAGGCGUCAGGCAUCCUAGCUCUGGUACACAUGGUUUAGUUCCUGCUGUUUUAUUUCGCUUCAUGUGAACUCUAGUCAGAAUAUGCUAUAAUUCUCUUGCCCACCACAGUUCUGCAAGCUGGUGCUGUUUGUGUGUAUGAUAUAAGAUGUUGCUUAGCUAGACAGAAACUGUAAUCAUUCAGGAAACAUUGUCCCUCACGAAAACAGUUUAUUACAAACAAAAAACAGGUUAUUACAUCUGAGUUGCUUUGGUUGUAAUCCACAGCUUUUUCUCAUCCUGGAGUAAGAAUCAGUUGAUUACAUAUACCUACCUUUUUACACUUGAGAUGGGUGACACUACUGCUUAAUUUUAUUUGUAAUGUUAAUAGAGGUCUGUCAGUGAUAGAGUGCUCAGUUGACUCUUUAAAGAUGUUUAAUGGUUUUAAGGAGUGAUUGUGAGUACUUGAUUAUGAUGGGGGUGUAUUGUUGAAUUGAUCUGGCAUUUAGGAAAUAAUAAUAAAAUCAACUUUUGAA